GCGGAAAUCGCCCGCGUAGCCGUUUGAUAGGAAAUCCACUCCACUUACUGGAUAAGAGAAAGAGAGAAAGAGAAGAGAGAGAGAGCGAGCGCUACCGCCACUGACGGAAGAGGAGGAAGGGGAAAGAAGCUGAGCUGCAGCAAGCAAGCAGAGAGUGAUGGCCUUAAUGCUGAAGCCAUCCCUGACAUCUCUCUUCACUAGUAGUGCAACUCCGCGCCUUCACCAGCUCCCGCUUCCUCUUCCCGUCACCAGAGCUGCUGCUGCUGCUGUUCCUCCUCCUCCUCCUCCUCCUCCUCACCCUUCUGAUGAACAACAGCAACGUCAACAGCGACAGCCUUGCGCAGUUAAUCGCCGGCAAUUCUUAUCCAAAACAGCCACCGUCUCGUCGCUAUCCGUAGCUGCUCCUCUGAUUGGAGGACUUCCUCAGCCAGCUGCUGUCAAGGCAGAACAGGAAGCCCUUUCCGAGUGGGAGAGGUUGUAUCUUCCCAUCGACCCCGGCGUUGUCCUCCUUGACAUUGCUUUUGUCCCGGACGACCUCAACCACGGUUUUCUACUGGGAACAAGGCAAACAAUCUUGGAGACGAAGGACGGUGGAACGACUUGGGUGCCCAGGUCGAUACCAUCAGCUGAAGACGAGGAUUUCAACUACAGGUUCAACUCCAUCAGCUUCAAAGGAAAGGAGGGAUGGAUUGUCGGAAAGCCUGCAAUUCUUUUGUACACUUCAGAUGCUGGAGAAACCUGGGAAAGAAUUCCCCUCAGUGCUGAACUUCCUGGAGACAUGGUGUACAUAAAGGCAACUGGGGAAAAGAGUGCGGAGAUGGUGACUGAUCAAGGUGCAAUAUACAUCACAGCUAACAGGGGCUAUAACUGGAGAGCUGCUGUUCAAGAGACUGUUUCCGCUACUCUUAAUAGAACAGUUUCAAGUGGAAUUAGCGGCGCAAGCUAUUACACAGGAACAUUUAAUACAGUUAAUAGGUCUCCUGAUGGAAAUUAUGUUGCUGUUUCCAGCCGUGGUAACUUCUAUCUGACCUGGGAGCCCGGACAGGCCUUUUGGCAACCACAUAAUAGGGCUGUUGCACGAAGAAUUCAGAACAUGGGUUGGCGGGCAGAUGGUGGCCUUUGGCUGCUCGUUCGUGGGGGAGGACUUUAUCUUAGCAAAGGCAGUGGGAUCACUGAGGAUUUUGAAGAAGUUCCUGUGCAGAGUCGUGGAUUUGGCAUUCUUGAUAUUGGCUACCGUUCCAUGGAAGAGGCUUGGGCAGCUGGGGGCAGUGGGAUUUUGUUGAGAACCACCAAUGGUGGAAAGACAUGGACCCGUGACAAAGCUGCUGAUAAUAUUGCUGCAAAUCUCUACUCGGUGAAGUUUAUCAAUGAUAAGAAGGGCUUCGUGCUAGGCAAUGACGGGGUGCUUCUCCGUUAUCUUGGUUAGGAGACUGAUUCCCACAGAUGCAGGGUAUUGUCGAUGGAGUAUGGUGUUCCCAAUUUUGUAUACGGAAGGAAGUAAAAAUUGUUACUUCUUGUUCCGUUUACCGCUAAUGUUUAAGUCCCAGUUUUUUACGUUUUGGAUAGACGAGUAAGAGGUUGAGUGCGUGUGGUAAGAAUCGGAAUCCGAAUGAGGUAUAAUGGAUCUUUAGAAAGGUAAAGGUGGGGUCGAUCAACUAUCCAAGUAUGUAAUUAGUUUGUAUUGAUAUUUGCCAAUGCGAGUAGCAGUUUAUAUAUAUAUAUAUAUAUAUAUAUAUAUACAGUUUGGCUUCAAGAGAUGUAUGUACGAAUUUAAUUCAUUCCAAUUCUUCAUUUCCUUUUUGGGCGAAA